CAAUGAUGAACCCACUUCUCUUUGAUCACGUGGUGUCACUUGUGGAUGGAUAUACGAGUAACGCAGUCAUUUACUAUUCAUUAGUACGGGAACCUUCUUGCAGUCUGCAUCUUGCCUUAGCGCAUUAAGUUGAUUGGGUAUUAGUAAUUGGUUAAAUUCUUGUAACCAUGAAGGUUAUCCUUUUCAUACUUGCUGUAGUGAUAGCUGUCACGCAGGCAGUUUCCUUCUUUGACCUUGUUUUGGAGGAGUGGGAUACCUACAAGAUUGAGCAUAAGAAGAAGUAUCAAAGUGAUGUCGAAGAAAAAUUCAGGAUGAAAAUCUUUAUGGAAAAUAGACAUAAAAUUGCAAAACACAAUGCAAAAUAUGAAAUGGGUUUAGUAUCGUACAAACUCAAGCUGAACAAAUACGGAGAUAUGCUUCAUCACGAAUUCGUUAGCACGCUGAAUGGAUUCAACAAGACAGGAAAUCUGCAGUUACGAUCUGUUCCAAAACCAGUUGGUGCUAAAUUCAUAGAGCCAGCAAAUGUUGAAUUUCCAGUUGCCGUUGACUGGAGAGAGAAAGGUGCUGUAACUUCUGUUAAAGAUCAAGGGCAGUGCGGAUCUUGCUGGGCAUUUUCAAGUACCGGAGCCCUGGAAGGACAGCACUUUAGGCAAACAGGAGUACUCGUGUCUCUCAGUGAACAAAAUUUAAUUGAUUGUUCUGGCAAAUAUGGAAACAAUGGAUGCAACGGAGGUCUUAUGGAUCAAGCUUUCCAGUACAUUAAGGAUAACAAAGGUGUCGAUACUGAAAAGACUUAUCCUUAUGAAGCCGAGGACGACAAAUGCCGAUACAACCCCCGCAACAGUGGAGCUGAAGACGUAGGAUUUGUAGAUAUUCCUGAAGGAAAUGAGAAAAAAUUGUUGGCUGCUGUUGCUACUGUCGGACCUCUAUCGGUUGCCAUUGACGCAUCUCAUCAAUCCUUCCAAUUUUACUCCUCAGGUGUCUAUUAUGAACCCGAUUGCUCAUCCACGGACCUGGACCAUGGUGUACUGGUUGUUGGCUAUGGAACUGAGGAGAAUGGUGAUGAGUAUUGGCUCGUGAAGAACAGUUGGGGACCUACGUGGGGCGACCGUGGUUACAUCAAGAUGGCAAGAAAUAAGGAUAACAACUGCGGUAUUGCCAGUUCCGCAAGUUAUCCUCUCGUGUAAUCAAAAGACAAUAAUUGAUUAGGGUAUAUCAUGCGAAAAUAACUACGUUUACCAUUGUACGCAGAUAACAACAUAACUUCGCGUUAAGAUUCAUGCUACUUUUAAGUUUGUGUUUUUAUAUGAAUUAUUAGGCAAUAAGGUGUAUUUGAGCAAUUUAACCAUUGAAUAAAAUUAUUGAUAAGUAUAAAAACGAAA